CGGUGAUCUAAUUUUACAACGUUCAUUGCGAUGGAAUAAAAAGUUGAAUGACACGAGAGGUUUUAAUGAUCACUCGUAGGUUCGAUCGAUGUUCUAAAAAGAGGGAAAACACGAACUUCCAUAGAAACCAGUGAAUUAUGAAAGAACAAGGUACAAAUAGUUUAUUGCACAGUUUAAAUCCGUUUAAAUCGACAGUGGUUGAUCAGCGAGGAUUCAACGACAACGUGAAAUUGAUCGUCAGACCGCUUAGGAUAUUCCAAUUCCUAGUGGUAUUACUGAUUUUCGUGUUCGUAAUUUACGCGAUUGCGACUGGUAACACGGAAGUGUCGGCUGUCACGUGUAUUUUGCUUAUUGUCCUUUCCGGUGUCUACGUUUUCGUUCUGGCGGUGGAGUUGAUCAGCCAUUUUGGCGGCGGAGAAUUGCACGCAAUUCCGAUAUUUGUCCUUUCUAUACUGGGUGUCGUAUUUUUCGGAGUCGCCGGAAUCCUUCUGAUACCGGUUUACAUCGCCAUCGGACUGUGGUACAUCGUAACGACGCUGUGCCUCUGCCUGCUGGCGUUUACAUUGUUUCUAAUCGACGUUAUAGUUAUACUCGCGUUCUGGAAGCAAGCGUGCCGUUGCGAGCAGUGCAUUUAUCCUGGUCACGCUGAUGUACAAAUUAAUGAACAGAACUUUUGCCAUCCCCUCUGUGAUACGAUGAAAUACGACUUGAUGACCAGCGUCAGCAGCAUCAAGGUUCCGUCAGGAGAAGAGGAUGGAAUUCCCGUACACUGUUACCGGAAAAUAGGACACGCUCGUAGACGACAAUACGUCGAUCGUCCGACGAGCGCGAAAUCUAGGUCCGUCAUGGAUAUUGCUAAGUGUCAAACGGAGUCUCCUCUGAUGACGAAUAUUCAAAGUCAAACGCAGUACUGUGUAACGGAAACGCCGACCCAAACAGUGAGCAAAUGCGAAUUGUGCCACCGACAAAUGGAAAUAUUUUCAACCUCCGCGGAUAUGCAACCAAUUUGUCAGCAGCAACCGCCGUGCGCACCUUGCCCUGCGCUUGUGCAGCUUAUAAGAGGGACGCCGUGUUGUCCAGGAUGCAGAUGCGUAGCAGGUAUAGUGCAAGUGCCACAGCAAAGCCACCAGCAACAAACGCUGCGACAGGAUCAAGAGCAGCUGACAACCACGAAUGACGCGCAAUGGCCACAACAGGAGCAAAGAGCUCACGGGAUGUUGACGAGUGAGAAAACUCGAAUCGAUCAGGUUGCGAGUACAAGCGUUAACACGGCAAAGAAUUCCCUUCCGUUCGAUAUUGAUCUAGGCGUUCAGCCGUCAUUAUAAAACACCGAAUGAAAUGUGACAAAUAUAUAAAGGUCGAAAACGAAUAUACUU